CAGUACGCAAGUUCGUCAGAAUGGUCCUCCGCCGGCGACGCCGCUGCGUCACUGGUUUGCAGGCGCUUUCCUCUUGGAAGUAGCGACUGCUGCGGGGCUGAGCGCUGGUCUCUCGCGCCUCGGGAGCCAGGUUGGCGGCGCGAUGAGGCGCAGUAAGGCCGACGUGGAGCGGUACAUCGCCUCGGUGCAGGGCUCCGCGCCGUCGCCUCGAGAGAAGUCAAUGAAAGGAUUCUAUUUUGCAAAGCUGUAUUAUGAAGCUAAAGAAUAUGAUCUUGCUAAAAAAUACAUAUGUACUUAUAUAAAUGUGCAAGAGAGGGAUCCCAAAGCUCACAGAUUUCUGGGUCUUCUUUAUGAAUUGGAAGAAAACACAGAUAAAGCCGUUGAAUGUUACAGGCGUUCAGUGGAAUUAAACCCAACACAAAAAGAUCUUGUGUUGAAGAUUGCAGAAUUGCUUUGUAAAAAUGAUGUUACUGAUGGAAGAGCAAAAUACUGGGUUGAAAGAGCAGCUAAACUUUUCCCAGGAAGUCCUGCAAUUUAUAAACUAAAGGAACAGCUUCUAGAUUGUGAAGGUGAAGAUGGAUGGAAUAAACUUUUUGACUUGAUUCAGUCAGAACUUUAUGUAAGACCUGAUGACGUCCAUGUGAACAUCCGGCUAGUGGAGUUGUAUCGCUCAAAUAAAAGGUUGAAGGAUGCUGUGGCCCACUGCCAUGAGGCAGAGAGGAACAUAGCUUUGCGUUCAAGUUUAGAUUGGAAUUCAUGUGUUGUACAGACCCUUAAGGAAUAUCUGGAGUCUUUAGAGUGUUUGGAGUCUGAUAAAAGUGACUGGCGAGCAACAAAUACAGACUUACUGCUGGCCUAUGCUAAUCUUACACUUCUUACGCUUUCCACUAGAGAUGUGCAGGAAAGUAGAGAAUUACUGGAAAGUUUUGAUAGUGCUCUUCAGUCCGUGAAAUCUUCUUUGGGUGGAAAUGAUGAACUGUCAGCUACUUUCUUAGAAAUGAAGGGACAUUUCUACAUGCAUGCUGGUUCUCUGCUUUUGAAGAUGGGUCAGCAUAGUGAUAUUCAAUGGCGAGCUCUUUCUGAGCUGGCUGCAUUGUGCUAUCUCAUAGCAUUUCAGGUUCCAAGACCAAAGAUUAAAUUAAUAAAAGGAGAAGCUGGACAAAAUCUGCUGGAAAUGAUGGCCUGUGACCGUCUGAGCCAAUCAGGGCACAUGUUGCUAAACUUAAGUCGUGGCAAGCAAGAUUUUUUAAAAGAGGUUGUCGAGUCUUUUGCCAACAAAAGCGGGCAGUCUGCAUUAUAUGAUGCUCUGUUUUCUAGUCAGUCACCUAAGGAUACAUCUUUUCUUGGUAGCGAUGGUAUUGGAAACAUUGAUGUACAAGAACCAGAGCUUGAAGAUUUGGCUAGAUACGAUGUUGGCGCUAUUCGAGCACAUAAUGGUAGUCUUCAGCACCUUACUUGGCUUGGCUUACAGUGGAAUUCAUUGCCUGCCUUACCUGCAAUCCGAAAAUGGCUAAAACAGCUUUUCCAUCAUUUGCCCCAGGAAACCUCAAGGCUUGAAACAAAUGCACCUGAAUCAAUAUGUAUUUUAGAUCUUGAAGUAUUUCUACUUGGAGUAGUAUAUACCAGCCACUUACAGUUAAAGGAGAAAUGUAAUUCUCACCACAGCUCCUAUCAGCCGUUAUGCCUGCCCCUUCCUGUGUGUAAACAGCUUUGUACAGAACGACAAAAGUCUUGGUGGGAUGCGGUUUGUACUCUGAUUCACAGAAAAGCAGUACCUGGAAACUCAGCAAAAUUACGACUUCUAGUUCAGCAUGAAAUAAACACUCUAAGAGCCCAGGAAAAACAUGGCCUUCAACCUGCUCUGCUUAUACAUUGGGCAAAAUGCCUUCAGAAAACGGGCAGCGGUCUUAAUUCUUUUUAUGAUCAACGAGAAUACAUAGGGAGAAGUGUUCAUUAUUGGAAGAAAGUUUUGCCAUUGUUGAAGAUAAUAAAAAAGAAGAACAGUAUUCCUGAACCUAUUGAUCCUCUGUUUAAACAUUUUCAUAGUGUAGACAUUCAGGCAUCAGAAAUUGGUGCAUAUGAAGAAGACGCACACAUAAGUUUUGCUAUAUUGGAUGCAGUAAAUGGAAAUAUAGAAGAUGCUAUGACUGCUUUUGAAUCUAUAAAGAGUGUUGUUUCUUAUUGGAAUCUUGCACUGAUUUUUCACAGGAAGGCAGAAGACAUUGAAAAUGAUGCCCUUUCUCCUGAAGAACAAGAAGAAUGCAAAAAUUAUCUGAGAAAGACCAGGGACUACCUAAUAAAGAUUUUAGAUGACAGUGAUUCAAAUCUCUCAGUGGUCAAGAAAUUGCCUGUGCCCCUGGAGUCUGUAAAAGAGAUGCUUAAUUCAGUCAUGCAGGAACUCGAAGACUAUAGUGAAGGAGGUCCUCUUUAUAAGAACGGUUCUUCGCGAAAUGCAGAUUCAGAAAUAAAACAUUCUACACCGUCUCCUACCAAAUAUUCACUAUCACCAAGUAAAAGUUAUAAGUAUUCUCCCAGAACACCACCUCGAUGGGCAGAAGAUCAGAAUUCUCUACUGAAAAUGAUUUGCCAACAAGUAGAGGCCAUUAAGAAAGAAAUGCAGGAGUUGAAACUAAAUAGCAGUAACUCAGCAUCCCCUCAUCGUUGGCCCACAGAGAGUUAUGGACCAGACUCAGUGCCUGAUGGGUAUCAGGGGUCACAGACAUUUCAUGGGGCUCCACUAACAGUUGCAACUACUGGCCCUUCAGUAUAUUAUAGUCAGUCACCAGCAUAUAAUUCCCAGUAUCUUCUCAGACCAGCAGCUAAUGUUACUCCCACAAAGGGCCCAGUCUAUGGCAUGAAUAGACUUCCACCCCAACAGCAUAUUUAUGCCUAUCCGCAACAGAUGCACACACCACCAGUGCAAAGCUCAUCUGCUUGUAUGUUCUCUCAGGAGAUGUAUGGUCCUCCUGCAUUGCGUUUUGAGUCUCCUGCAACAGGAAUUCUAUCGCCCAGGGGUGAUGAUUACUUUAAUUACAAUGUUCAGCAGACAAGCACAAAUCCACCUUUGCCAGAACCAGGAUAUUUCACAAAACCUCCAAUUGCAGCUCAUGCUUCAAGAUCUGCAGAAUCUAAGACUAUAGAAUUUGGGAAAACUAAUUUUGUUCAGCCCAUGCCAGGUGAAGGAAUAAGGCCAUCUUUGCCAACACCAGCACACACAACACAGCCACCUCCUUUUAAAUUCAACUCAAAUUUCAAAUCAAAUGAUGGUGACUUCACGUUUUCCUCACCGCAGGUUGUGACACAGCCCCCUCCUGCAGCUUACAGUAACAGUGAAAGCCUUUUAGGUCUCCUGACUUCAGAUAAACCCUUGCAAGGAGAUGGCUAUAGUGGACCCAAACCAAUUCCUAGUGGUCAAACCAUUGGGCCUCGAAAUACAUUCAAUUUUGGAAGCAAAAAUGUGUCUGGAAUUUCAUUUACAGAAAACAUAGGGUCAACUCAGCAAAAGAAUUCUGGUUUUCGGCGAAGUGAUGAUAUGUUUACUUUCCAUGGUCCAGGAAAAUCAGUAUUUGGAACACCCACUUUAGAGACAGCGAACAAGAAUCAUGAGACAGAUGGAGGAAGUGCCCAUGGGGAUGAUGAUGAUGAUGGUCCUCACUUUGAGCCUGUAGUACCUCUUCCUGAUAAGAUUGAAGUAAAAACUGGUGAGGAAGAUGAAGAAGAAUUCUUUUGCAACCGUGCGAAAUUGUUCCGUUUUGAUGUAGAAUCCAAAGAAUGGAAGGAACGUGGGAUUGGCAAUGUAAAAAUACUGAGGCAUAAAACAUCUGGUAAAAUUCGCCUUCUAAUGAGACGAGAGCAAGUGUUGAAAAUCUGUGCAAAUCAUUACAUCAGUCCAGAUACGAAAUUGACACCAAAUGCUGGAUCAGACAGAUCUUUUGUAUGGCAUGCCCUUGAUUAUGCAGAUGAGUCGCCAAAACCAGAACAACUUGCUAUUAGGUUCAAAACUCCUGAGGAAGCAGCACUUUUUAAGUGCAAGUUUGAAGAAGCCCAGAGCAUUUUAAAAGCCCCAGGAACAAAUGUAGCCACAGCAUCAAAUCAGGCUAUCAGAAUUGUAAAAGAACCCACAAGUCAUGAUAACAAGGAUAUUUGCAAAUCUGAUGCUGGAAACAUGAAUUUUGAAUUUCAAGUUGGAAAGAAAGAAGGGUCUUGGUGGCAUUGUAACAGCUGCUCAUUAAAGAAUGCUGCAACUGCUAAGAAAUGUGUAUCAUGCCAAAAUCUAAACCCAAGCAAUAAAGAACUCGUUGGCCCACCAUUAUCUGAAACUGUUUUUACUCCUAAAACUGGCCCAGAGAAUGUUCAAGAUCGAUUUGCACUGAUGACUCCAAAGAAAGAAGGUCACUGGGAUUGUAGUAUUUGUUUAGUAAGAAAUGAACCUACUGUAUCUAGGUGCAUUGCGUGUCAGAAUACAAAAUCUGCUAACAAAAGUGGAUCUUCAUUUGUUCAUCAAGCUUCAUUUACAUUUGGCCAGGGAGAUCUUCCUAAACCUGUUAACAGUGACUUCAGAUCUGUUUUUUCUACAAAGGAAGGACAGUGGGAGUGCAGUGUAUGUUUGGUACAAAAUGAGGGGAGCUCUACAAAAUGUGCUGCUUGUCUGAAUCCGAGAAAACAGAGUCUACCUGCUACUGCUAUUCCAACACCUGCCUCUUUUAAGUUUGGUACUUCAGAGACAAGUAAAACUCCAAAAAGUGGAUUUGAGGACAUGUUUGCUAAGAAGGAAGGACAGUGGGAUUGCAGUUCAUGCUUAGUGCGAAAUGAAGCCAGUGCUACAAGAUGUGUUGCUUGUCAGAAUCCAGAUAAACCAAGUCCAUCUACUUCUCUUCCAGCUCCUGCCUCUUUUAAGUUUGGUACUUCAGAGCCAAGCAAGGCUCCAAAGAGCGGAUUUGAGGGAAUGUUCACUAAGAAGGAAGGACAGUGGGACUGCAGUGUGUGCUUAGUAAGAAAUGAAGCCAGUGCCACCAAAUGUAUUGCUUGUCAGAAUCCAGGUAAACAAAAUCAAACUGCUUCUGCAAUUUCAACACCUGCCUCUUCAGAGACAAGCAAGGCUCCAAAGAGCGGAUUUGAGGGAAUGUUCACUAAGAAGGAAGGACAGUGGGACUGCAGUGUGUGCUUAGUAAGAAAUGAAGCCAGUGCCACCAAAUGUAUUGCUUGUCAGAAUCCAGGUAAACAAAAUCAAACUGCUUCUGCAAUUUCAACACCUGCCUCUUCAGAGACAAGCAAGGCUCCAAAGAGCGGAUUUGAGGGAAUGUUCACUAAGAAGGAAGGACAAUGGGAUUGCAGUGUGUGCUUACUAAGAAAUGAAGCCAGUGCUACCAAAUGUAUUGCUUGUCAGAAUCCAGGUAAACAAAAUCAGACUACUACUGCAAUUUCAACACCUGCCUCUUCAGAGACAAGCAAAGCUCCAAAGAGUGGAUUUGAGGGAAUGUUCACUAAGAAGGAAGGACAGUGGGAUUGCAGUAUGUGCUUAGUAAGAAAUGAAGCCAGUGCUACCAAAUGUAUUGCUUGUCAGUAUCCAAGUAAACAAAAUCAGACAACUGCAAUUUCAACACCUGCCUCUUCGGAGGUAAGCAAGGCUCCAAAGAGUGGAUUUGAAGGAAUGUUCAUCAAGAAAGGACAGUGGGAUUGUAGUGUUUGCUUUGUACAAAAUGAGAGUUCUUCUUUAACAUGUGUAGCUUGUGAUGCCUCUAAACCAACUCAUAAACCUAUUGCAGAAGCUCCUUCAGCUUUCACAUUGGGCUCAGAAAUUAAGUUGCAUGACUCUUCUGGAAGUCAGGUGGGAACAGGAUUUAAAAGUAAUUUCUCAGAAAAAGCUUUUAAGUUUGGCAAUACAGAGCAAGGAUUCAAAUUUGGGCAUGUGGAUCAAGAAAAUUCACCUUCAUUUAUGUUUCAGGGUUCUUCUAAUACAGAAUUUAAGUCAACCAAAGAAGGAUUUUCCAUCCCUGUGUCUGCUGAUGGAUUUAAAUUUGGCAUUUCGGAACCAGGAAAUCAAGAAAAGAAAAGUGAAAAGCCUCUUGAAAAUGAUUCUGGCUUCCAGACUCAGGAUAUUAGUAGCCAGAAGAAUGGUGGUGGUGUGAUUUUUGGUCAAACAAGUAGCACUUUUACAUUUGCAGAUCUUGCAAAAUCAACCUCAGGAGAAGGAUUUCAAUUUGGCAAAAAAGACCCCAAUUUCAAGGGAUUUUCAGGUGCUGGAGAAAAAUUAUUCUCAUCACAAUGUGGUAAAAUGGCCGAUAAAGCAAACACUUCUGGUGACUUUGAGAAAGAUGAUGAUGCCUAUAAGACUGAGGACAGCGAUGACAUCCAUUUUGAACCAGUAGUUCAAAUGCCUGAAAAAGUAGAACUUGUAACAGGAGAAGAAGAUGAAAAAGUUCUGUAUUCACAGCGGGUAAAACUGUUUAGGUUUGAUGCUGAGAUAAGUCAGUGGAAAGAAAGGGGCUUGGGGAACUUAAAAAUUCUCAAAAAUGAGGUCAAUGGCAAACUAAGAAUGCUGAUGCGAAGAGAACAAGUACUAAAAGUGUGUGCUAAUCACUGGAUAACGACUACGAUGAAUCUGAAGCCUCUCUCUGGAUCAGACAGAGCAUGGAUGUGGUUAGCCAGUGAUUUCUCUGAUGGUGAUGCCAAACUAGAGCAGUUGGCAGCAAAAUUUAAAACACCGGAGCUGGCUGAAGAAUUCAAGCAGAAGUUUGAGGAAUGCCAGCGGCUCCUGUUAGACAUACCACUUCAAACUCCCCAUAAACUUGUAGAUACUGGCAGAGCUGCCAAGUUAAUACAGAGAGCUGAAGAAAUGAAGAGUGGACUGAAAGAUUUCAAGACAUUUUUGACAAAUGAUCAAGCAAAAGUCACUGAAGAAGAGAAUAAGAAUUCAGGUACAGGUUCUGCCAGUGCCUCAGACACAACAAUAAAACCCAAUCCCGAAAACACUGGGCCCACAUUAGAAUGGGAUAACUAUGAUUUAAGGGAAGAUGCUUUGGAUGAUAGUGUUAGUAGUAGCUCAGUACAUGCUUCUCCAGUGGCAAGUAGCCCUGUGAGAAAAAAUCUUUUCCGCUUUGGUGAGUCAACAACAGGAUUUAACUUCAGUUUUAAAUCUGCUUUGAGUCCAUCUAAGUCUCCUGCCAAGUUGAAUCAGAGUGGGACAUCAGUUGGCACUGAUGAAGAAUCUGAUGUUACUCAAGAAGAAGAGAGAGAUGGACAGUACUUUGAACCUGUUGUUCCUUUACCUGAUCUAGUUGAAGUAUCCAGUGGUGAGGAAAAUGAACAAGUUGUUUUUAGUCACAGGGCGAAACUCUACAGAUACGAUAAAGAUGUUGGUCAGUGGAAAGAAAGGGGCAUUGGUGAUAUAAAGAUUUUACAGAAUUAUGAUAAUAAGCAAGUUCGUAUAGUGAUGAGAAGGGACCAAGUAUUAAAACUUUGUGCCAAUCACAGAAUAACUCCAGACAUGACUUUGCAAAAUAUGAAAGGGACAGAAAGAGUAUGGGUGUGGACUGCAUGUGAUUUUGCAGAUGGAGAAAGAAAAGUAGAGCAUUUAGCUGUUCGUUUUAAACUACAGGAUGUUGCAGACUCAUUUAAGAAAAUUUUUGAUGAAGCAAAAACAGCCCAGGAAAAAGAUUCUUUGAUAACACCUCAUGUUUCUCGGUCAGGCACUCCCAGAGAGUCACCAUGUGGCAAAAUUGCUGUAGCUGUAUUAGAAGAGACCACAAGAGAGAGGACAGAUGUUAUUCAGGGUGAUGAUGUAGCAGAUGCAACUUCAGAAGUUGAAGUGUCUAGCACAUCUGAAACAACAACAAAAGCAGUGGUUUCUCCUCCAAAGUUUGUAUUUGGUUCAGAGUCUGUUAAAAGCAUUUUUAGUAGUGAAAAAUCAAAACCAUUUGCAUUUGGCAACAGUUCAGCCACUGGGUCUUUGUUUGGAUUUAGUUUUAAUGCACCUUUGAAAAGUAACAAUAGCGAAACUAGUUCAGUAGCCCAGAGUGGAUCUGAAAGCAAAGUGGAACCUAACAAAUGUGAACUGUCAAAAAACUCUGAUAUCGAACAGUCUUCAGAUAGCAAAGUCAAAAAUCUCUUUGCUUCCUUUCCAACGGAAGAAUCUUCAAUCAAUUACACAUUUAAAACACCAGAAAAGGGAUUUAAUUUUAGCCUUUUUAAAUCUAAUCCCAUGGCCUUUUGGACUAGCACCCCUUCCUCACAGCCUGAGAGCAAAGCAAAAGAGAAGAAAAAACCUGAGGAUUCUCCCUCAGAUGAUGAUGUUCUCAUUGUAUAUGAACUAACUCCAACCGCUGAGCAGAAAGCCCUUGCAACCAAACUGAAACUUCCUCCAACUUUCUUCUGCUACAAGAAUAGACCAGAUUAUGUUAGUGAAGAAGAGGAGGAUGAUGAAGAUUUCGAAACUGCUGUCAAGAAACUUAAUGGAAAACUGUAUUUGGAUGGCUCAGAAAAAUGUAGACCCUUGGAAGAAAAUACAGCAGAUGAUGAGAAAGAAUGUAUUAUUGUUUGGGAAAAGAAACCGACAGUUGAAGAGAAGGCAAAAGCAGAUACGUUAAAACUUCCACCUACAUUUUUUUGUGGAGUCUGUAGUGAUACUGAUGAAGACAAUGGAAAUGGGGAAGACUUUCAAUCAGAGCUUCAAAAAGUUCAGGAAGCUCAAAAAUCUCAGACAGAAGAAAUAACUAGCACAACAGACAGUGUAUAUACAGGUGGGACUGAAGUGAUGGUACCUUCUUUCUGUAAAUCUGAAGAACCUGAUUCUACUACCAAAUCCAUUAGUUCACCAUCUGUUUCCUCUGAAACUAUGGACAAACCUGUAGAUUUGUCAACUAGAAAGGAACUUGAUACAGAAUCUGCAAGCCAAGGGGAAAGCAAAAUAGUUUCAUUUGGAUUUGGAAGUAGCACAGGGCUCUCAUUUGCAGACUUGGCUUCCAGUAAUUCUGGAGAUUUUGCUUUUGGUUCUAAAGAUAAAAAUUUCCAGUGGGCAAAUACUGGAGCGGCUGUGUUUGGAACACAGUCAGUUGGAACCCAGUCAAUUGGUAAAGUUGGUGAAGAUGAAGAUGGUAGUGAUGAAGAAGUAGUUCAUAACGAAGAUAUCCAUUUUGAACCAAUAGUGUCACUACCAGAGGUAGAAGUAAAAUCUGGAGAAGAAGAUGAAGAAAUUUUGUUUAAAGAGAGAGCCAAACUUUAUAGAUGGGAUCGGGAUGUCAGUCAGUGGAAGGAACGUGGUGUUGGAGAUAUAAAGAUUCUUUGGCAUACAAUGAAGAAUUAUUACCGGAUCCUUAUGAGAAGAGACCAGGUUUUUAAAGUGUGUGCAAACCACGUUAUUACUAAAACAAUGGAAUUAAAGCCCUUAAAUGUUUCAAAUAAUGCUUUAGUUUGGACUGCCUCAGAUUAUGCUGAUGGAGAAGCAAAAGUAGAACAGCUUGCAGUGAGAUUUAAAACUAAAGAAGUAGCUGAUUGUUUCAAGAAAACAUUUGAAGAAUGUCAGCAGAAUUUAUUGCAACUCCAGAAAGGACAUGUAUCACCGGCAGCAGAAUUAUCAAAGGAGACCAAUCCUGUGGUGUUUUUUGAUGUUUGUGUGGACAGUGAACCUCUAGGGCGGAUAACUAUGGAGUUAUUUUCGAACAUUGUUCCUCGUACUGCUGAGAACUUCAGAGCACUGUGCACUGGAGAAAAAGGCUUUGGUUUCAAGAAUUCCAUUUUUCACAGAGUAAUUCCAGAUUUUGUUUGCCAAGGAGGAGAUAUCACCAAACAUGAUGGAACAGGUGGACAGUCCAUUUAUGGAGAUAAAUUUGAAGAUGAAAAUUUUGAUGUGAAACAUACUGGUCCUGGUUUACUAUCCAUGGCCAAUCGAGGGCAGAAUACCAAUAAUUCUCAAUUUUUUAUAACAUUGAAAAAAGCAGAACAUUUGGACUUUAAGCAUGUAGUAUUUGGGUUUGUUAAGGAUGGCAUGGAUACUGUGAAAAAGAUUGAAUCAUUUGGUUCUCCCAAAGGGUCUGUUUGUCGAAGAAUAACUAUCACAGAAUGUGGACAAAUAUAAAAUCAUUGUGUUUCAUAGAAAAUUUUAUCUGUAUAAGCAGUUGAAUUGAAGCUUAGUUAUUACAAUUUGAUAAUUAUGUUCAGCUUUUGAAAAUGGACAUUUCUGAUGUACAAAUGUAAAAUUGCAGCUUAUAGCUGUUGUCACUUUUUAAUAUGUUAUAAUUGACCUUGCAUGGUGUGAAAUAAAAGUUUAAACACUGGUGUAUUUCAGGUGUACUUGUGUUUAUGUACUCCUGACAUAUUUGUAUUAAAAUGGAAUAAUACUAAUCUUGUUAAAAGCAAUAGACCUUCUCAAACUAUUGAAGGAAUAUGAUAUAUGCAAUUUAAUUUUAAUUCCUUUUAAGAUAUUUGGACUUCCUGCAUGGAUAUACUUACCAUUUGAAUAAAGGGACCACAACUUGGAUAAUUUUACUUUAGAUUUGAAAUAUAUUUGGUAAUCUUAACUAUUGGUGUACUCAUUUAUGCAUAGAGACUCAUUUAUGAAUGGGUAGAGCCACAGAACGUACAGAGUUAACCAAAGUGCUCUUCUCUAGAAUCUUUACACCUCCUGUGUGGUUACAAGUUAACUUUUUAAGUAGCGUACCUUCCUUAAAAUAUCUAGCUUCCUGUGCCCUUUCAUAGGUAUUCAAUUAAUUUUUACAUUUUAAACAAGUUGACUAUUUCCUUUAGGGGUUUUGUUUUCAACUUUUCUGUCAUCUGUCUCUACUACCUCAGAAACUGCAGCUUGGUUCUGAUGAUAGAAACUGAAUUUUUCCUUGUAGUUACUGUGAUAAAGUAUGAAUAUUUUUAGAAAGUCUAUGCCAUGUUAUUUGGUUAAAGAUUUGCUUUAUACAGGAUUGUUGCAGUACCUUUUUCUGGUAAAUUUUGUAGCAGAAAUAAAAUGACAAUUCAUAAGAGCCACUGACAUUCAAAAAAUUCAUUACUUGUGCUUCUGGUUAUUCUAAAGGAAGACAAUUCAGAGGCAGUAAAUUCAAACUGCCGCCUAACUUCCAGAGCUAGUUUCUCAAGUUUGAUAUACACUGCAAAUGUAUUUGCAAAUGGCUUAUAUCAAAUGUUAGGCAAAUUGCUAAAGAAAAGAGGAUGUUCUUAUUGGCCUACUCGAUACGGAACUACAAAGAAUCCAGGUAGAACACAAAAUUCUGUAUAUUGCAAUUAUGAAUACUGACUCUCUUCUACCCAAAGAACACAUUCUUUCUGGUGAAAUUACCUCAUUUUAUUUAGUGAGGAAAGACAGGUUUAUUCCCUGUUAUAUGGGGAUUUGGAAAUUGGGUAUCCUAAAGCAAGUAACUGUUCAAAAGAGGGGAGGGAUGUUGUGCGAGUAAUGAGUGAUGGUAUACCAUCACCAUUCCACUCAGCCACAAAGCCAGAUACCUGAAAUAAACCUACUCAAGAACUAUGGAUUACAUAUGUUUACACUAAAUGUUUCAAAUUGGCUUAUUUGGAAAUCUGUGUAAUAUAAACUGAUGUAAAGUGUGUUGUAACUUUUCAGCUGAGACAGCUGAUGCCUUCGUCAUGAUUUUAGAAUAAAUUCUUAACAAUGCAAGUGCAUUUUAAGAGACUUCUUACAGAUUUCUGUGCUUUCCUAAAGCAUUAAAGUUACAAAUUAAAAAGCUUUAAACUUUGACCAAAAAUUUGACAAAAUGACAUGUAAACUGACUUUUCUAGUAUUAGUAUUCCAAAGAUGCUUAACAGUGGCUUGUGGCAUUUAUGAGAAAGUCUUUGUGUCACAUUUCAGGAAAGGACUUUGAUUUCUCUUUGUUAUUUAAUCACUGAUGUGGUCUAAACCCACGAUGAUAUGUAUCUAUCUUUCCUUUUAAACUGGAUUUUAUAUUGUCUCAUUAAAAUCUGCUUAAAGAUAGAAUAAAGUAAUUCAUUAUUUGUA